AUGCUAUCAACAGGAGAUACUUUAGCAAUCCCUAUCAUUAAUAAUCAGUAUUCAGAAGAACUGUUAGUUCACGAUAUCAUGCGAUUCAUCUCGAGAAACCCUAGCUCUUACGAUGCAGUUCUGGUACGAAACCAUGGUCUGAUUGUCUGGGGAAAGACAUGGGAAAAAGCUGAACAACUAGCUAAAUCUAUGGAUGCUCUGUUCAGAGUAGCAAUGAAACUAUUUGACGAAAGUAAGCCAUGGGUGAUUAACAGAAGAUGCAGCGGCUAA